AAAGGGCAUCGAUUUAGCCCACUAAUUAUUGAUCUCCUUUUGCACCUGCUCCUUUCCAACGGCUACUACCAGGUGACCGUUGAAGCACCCAAAAUUCAAAAUUUUGCAGUUGUCCAAAUAAACAACCAAAGAAUCACUACAUCUACAUUCAAUCACAUCAAAAUUUCAUCAACCCAGAAAAUAAAUUUGCAAAAACGGAAAGGGAAACAAGAAUUCUCUGAAAAUCUUCAAAUCACAGCUCUGGAAACGCACAAGAAUCACCAAUCUUGGCUAACUCCAUUCACUGGUUCAGGUGCAGAAGCAAAGAGAUCAUCAAAAAUGGUGUACACAUACACACCAACAUACUACUCCACUCUCCAUGAUUCAAUUACCUCACUCUGCAAGACUAUCCUUCCCUUUUCCUUCAAGAAACGGAGGUUGCCAGCUGCGGAACACAGGCUCUCCAAGCUGCAAUCUGAUAACUUGAAAUGGCAGCAGGAUUCUUUCCACCAGAUCUUGAACUUGAUGGGGCUCCACGAAGAAGGGAUCUUAGCUGAGAAUGAGGUUUCAGCUUUCCGAGCACAUUUGCUCGAGACCCUUAUUGCUUCUCCAGCUGAACAUGAACAGCCAGUCAUUUUGCGAGAUAAAUUGGUCUUCUUGCAGGAGCUGCUUUAUGCAAAAUGUAUAUCAGAAGAUGAGUAUCAUUCUUCAAAGAGACCUUUGUUACAAAGGCUAGCAGUUCAGGGGGCAGAAAUUGAGGCAAGAGAUGUUAUUGUUGCUGGCCCCAAAGACCUAAGAGAGAAUCCAGAAGAGGAGUGGUCAGUCAUUGAUUUAAAAGAUGAGAAAAGCUUGGUUGGUAAAGAAAACUUAUCGUCUAAAAGCAGAUCAAAGCCUGCUUCAGCAAUCAAGCAUAUUAAAGGAGCAGCCUCAGCUUUUGGUUUUGGAUCAUCUCACAAGCAAACAAAACACAGAGAAGAGAAGAGUAUAUUUGAAAUUGAAGCAAAAUUCUCCUCUCCCAGUAAUGUCAGCAACGAGACAGAAAACCCACUUUGGGAUAGCCAUUUGAGGAAUCAAGAAAGCGAAACCAAGUCCAUUCUCAUGCAACAAAGCAUUCCAAAUGAGUCCACAAAGGAAUGUGGAAGCACUGACAAGGAAAAGAGGAAACCCUUUAGGACUCUGUUCCAAAGAGAGCAGAGGGAGGCUCAUGGUAGCAGCGGCCGUGAUGGUGGCGACAAUUUUCUCAAUUCUGAAGAGAAAGUGUCAAAAUCAGCAAAAAAACAAUGGGGUUUUGAUGGGUUUAAAAAAUGGAAGAAAAAUGAUUCUGAUGAUGAGACUGCUCCUCUGCCUCUCAGUAACGAAAGAUCAGACAGUGAGUCCUAUUUAGGGUCUUGCCACCUUGUUGAUACCCCCAUUGGAGAAGGACCAGACACUAAACUGAUAAAGAGGAAGCUGCAUUCUAAUGGUUCUCCAUCAGAUUUUUUCAUUGACAAGGUAUUAGGAGACAAGAUAAAGAAGGAACUGUCACGAAUUCAAACAGAACUCUGCACUACAAACCCGAAUCUCAAAUUCUCGGAUGACCAAAUGGAAGCAAUUUCCACCAAGCUCCCAGUUGAUAAGGCAGAACUGAAAAAGUUCUUUCCCAAAUCAUGGUGUGAUCGUUAUGGAGAUGUUGUGUUGGAUGUAGUAAAGAAAGAGUUCAAGGACCAUGUAGGAGAGCUGGAGAACAGGAGAACUGCAGCCAGGGAGAAGCACAGCAAUAACUCAAAGCGAUGGACAACAUUUGAAGAUGACAAUGAUGAUCAUGAGAAUUUUCACCCAAAUCUCUUUGCUUACAGCAGCAGUAACACGUGCUUUGGAAAUAAUAAUCCUUUCUCCCAUGAUUUUGGCAGUGAAAGCAAUGGAAAUAAGCUGAGAUCUGAGUCAUCCUCUUUCCAAGACCAAAAUCCUUUUUGGUCUCCAAGGCAUGGCCCUUCUUUGCUUGGUUAGAAUGCAGAGGAAGUUCUUGUUUACUGUGUUCCCGUUAAGUGUAGGGAGAGAUGUAUGUUCAAAGCAGAGGCAAUCAGUUACUUGUUUACUUGUGCGUUUCUAUUCUAUUGAAAGUGUGGUUCUUUAUGAAUAGUUGAAAGAAGAACACUGUUCUUCUUUUGUUGUAUUGGAUAUGGAUUAGUCCAUGAUGUGAGAAUAUAAAAGUUG